ACUGCCAGCUGUUCCUUUCCAGCUGGUUAAGACCUUGCCAGGAUGAAGACUUUCACUGCCGUACUCUUGGUGGUUGCAGCCCUGUGCCUGGAGCAAGGUGAGUUUCACUGGGGUUAACCCAAGGAGAGGUGGGGAGAUUUUGAGAAGGGGCCUGGGAAACAUAUUUGAAUAGUUAUAGGCAUGGAGUGCACCCUUUGUUGUUGAGGUGCUGCAAUGGAGAGAGAGAAUACCCACUGCUGAAAACAGGUUUUGGAGCUGCUUUAAAUCCUCAGCUCUUUGCAGGUAGGGAAGAAAUUGACUAUGUUUGCAUUUUAAGAGAAGCCACUCAUUUGCACUUCUAGGACCAAUGCAUGGACCAAAGCACAGAUUAUCCAUUGCAAUUUGCACCUCUCUGAUUUUUGCAGGGUGCAGUUCCCCAGCCAACGAGUUGCAACAUUCGUGUGCAUCAAAAUGCAUACAUUUGUGGAAAUAACGUGCAAAAAUGCUUCAUACUGGGGGAAUUGAUUGCAAAACUGUGUAAACGGGGGCAAAAUGUGUGUUUAUUUUUUAUUUUGUUUGUUUGUUUUUGUUUUAUUUAUUUCAAAACCAAAAUUUUUUGCAAACAUCAGAUUCAAAAUCCAUAUUCAUUUUCUAACAUAAGCCUAUUACAUAGAUUACCUAAAUUGAAAUAUAUCUAAUUGCUCUAGGCUUCCCUUUGCUGUAUGUACCGGUAAAUACAACACAAUUAACAAAUUAUAUUAUAAAUGAUAUUAUAGGUUCCCAUAUACUGGGGCAAAAAGUGUGUUUAUUGGAAUAAAUUAGCACUAAAAUGCCAAUGGAAAUAGCUGCAGAAAUGUGGAAAGCUGAAUUUAAGAAUGCAAAGAUCAGAUUUGAUAGGCUUGUCCAUCCUUAAGUGCAACUGUUCUGCUUGGGAGCUGCUGGCUGAAACAUCUCUAACUGAAGAUGAAGCAAUCCACCGUAUUUUUCGCUCUAUAAGACACACCAGACCGCAAGACACACCUAGUUUUUGGAGGAGGAAAACAAGAAAAAAAAUAUUCUGGAUCUCAGAAGCCAGAAGAGCAAGAGGGAUCGCUGCGCAGCGAAAGCAGCAAUCCCUCUUGCUGUUCUGGCUUCCGUGAUAGCUGCGCAGCCUGCAUUCACUCCAUAACACACACACACAUUUCCCCUUACAUUUUAGGAGGGAAAAAGUGAGUCUUAUAGAGCGAAAAAUACGGUACCUAAAUCUGUUGACAAACCCCGUUACACAGGCUCUUAAAGCACCUGCCUUUUAGUGAGUGGGGGUGGUCCAUGUUCAACCUCGUCCAGCUUUUUCUAUUCCCAGGCAGGCAGCCCUGCUAUCUAAGCGUCUUUCACUGGACUUGGGGCUUUUAACUUGCUAAGUAAAAGGUAAAGGUACCCCUGCCCGUACGGGCCAGUCGUGUCCGACUCUGGGGUUGCGUGCUCAUCUCGCUUAAGAGGCCGGGAGCCAGCUCUGUCCGAAGACACUUCUGGGUCACGUGGCCAGUGUGACGAAGCUGCUCUGGCGAGCCAGCACCAGCACAGCACACGGAAACGCCGUUUACCUUCCCGCUAUAAAGCGGUACCUAUUUAUCUACUUGCACUUAGGGGUGCUUUCGAACUGCUAGGUGGGCAGGAGCUGGGACCGAACAACGGGAGCUCACCCCGCCGCGGGGAUUUGAACCGCCGACCAUACGAUCGGCAAGUCCUAGGCUCUGUGGUUUAACCCACAGCGCCACCCGCGUCCCUUUAACUUGCUAGCUAUUGGCUAUUUAUUGCCACUGAGCAGUGGUUAUUCUGCGGCUAGCUCAGACUUCACACAGGUAAGCAGACAGAGGGCUCUUUGCAACAACCAGUAGCAGCCGCAAUUUCCUUACAGAGCGCAAAGGAAUAUAAUCACUUGCCAAAUAAGCAAAUAAAAUCCCCAAGCGACAGUUUGAAAUGUCGUGACUUAAAACUCAGGGAGCAUCUUCACGGUCCUCAUUUUAACGACGGUCUCUAGACAUUUUGCUUGGCAUGGAAAGAUGCUGUGCUUUGCACAUUUUUAAAUGGAGGAGUGCUGGGAAGGUUUUCUUGCAAACUGGACUAUGUAGAUUAAAGUUCUACAGGUAAAGGGUGUGGCUUGGAGAUAGAGCACCUGCUUUGCAUGCAGAUGAUCCCUAAUCCAAUCCAUUUCAAUCCCUGGUGUCUUCAGGUAAGGCUGGGAGAAAUCUGACAAACUGGAACAUGUCCAGAGGAGGGCAACCAAAAUGGUCAAAGGCCUGGAAACAAUGCCUUAUGAGGAACGGCUAAGGGAGCUGGGCAUGUUUAGCCUGGAGAAGAGGAGGUUAAGGGCUGAUAUGAUAGCCAUGUUCAAAUAUAUAAAAGGAUGUCACAUAGAGGAGGGAGAAAGGUUGUUUUCUGUUGCUCCAGAGAUGCGGACACGGAGCAAUGGAUCCAAACUACAAGAAAGAAGAUUCCACCUAAACAUUAGGAAGAACUUCCUGACAGUAAGAGCUGUUUGACAGUGGAAUUUGCUGCCAAGGAGUGUGGUGGAGUCUCCUUCUUUGGAGGUCUUUAAGCAGAGGCUUGACAACCAUAUGUCAGGAGUGCUCUGAUGGUGUUUCCUGCUUGGCAGGGGGUUGGACUCAAUGGCCCUUGUGGUCUCUUCCAACUCUAUGAUUCUAUGAUUCUAUGAAAUCCAGGAGGGUCACUGUCAGUCAAUGCAAUGCUGAGCUAAGAUGAACCAGAUGGUUCAACUCAGCCUAAGGCAAUUUCCUCAGUUCUUCUUAAUUGAGGUUCCCACUCCGUGCCCAGAUCUUAAUUUACUUUCCCUUGAUAAGAGAAAGCUUGGAAAACCUGCUCAGCCUGAGGCUGAGGUUGUGUUCUUUCACACCUUCUGGGUUGUUUGUGACGGUGUGUCAGAUGUUGAGUUUGCAGGUCUGUGGCUGUCAAUGUAUGGCUACAAAUGGCAGGAAUCAUGUCUGAAAUCCUUUGGGUCUAACUAAAGCCCAAUAGUGGUGAUUCCCAAUAGAACAUUCUUCUAAGUAUGCUAUGCUUCUAAAUAUUCUAAAACAGGGGUCAGCAACCUUUUUCAGCCGUGGGCUGGUCCACUGUCCCUCAGACCAUGUGGUGGGCCGGACUAUAUUUUGAAAAAUAAUAUGAAUGAAUUCCUAUGCCCCACAAAUAACCAAGAGAUGCAUUUUAAAUAAAAAGACACAUUCUACUCAUGUAAAAACACGCUGAUUCCCGGACCGUCUGCGGGCUGGAUUGAGAAGGCGAUUGGACCGCAUCCGGCCCCUGGGCCUUAGGUUGGCUACCCCUGUUCUAAAACAACAUAUUAAAAUACAGUAAUGCAUCAAACAUUAAAAGCUUCCCUAAACAGGGCUGCCUUCAUAUGUCUUCUAAAAGUCUAGUAGUUGUUGUCCUCUUUAACAUUUGUUGGGAGGGCAUUCCACAGGGCGGGUGCCACCACCGAAAAGGCCCUCUGCCUGGUUCCCUGUAACUUGGCUUCUCGCAGGGAGGGAACCGCCAGAAGGCCAUCGGCGCUGGACCUCAGUGUCUGGGCGGAACGAUGGGGGUGGAGACACUCCUUCAGGUAUCCUGGUCCGAGGCUGUUUAGGGCUUUAAAGGUCAGACCAACACUUUGAAUUGUGCUCAGAAACGUACUGGGCGCCAGUGUAGGUUUUUCAAGAUUGGUGUUAUAUGGUCUCGGCGGCCGCAAGGCAAGAGGUUCAUAGCUGAACGGAAGCUACAAAGAGGUACCUGCUGUUGGCACACCCUUCCCACGAAGCGUUUACAGACAAGGUGGGGCGAUCUCACCCAUCAGACUCUGUCACUCUCUGUUGCGAUCACACAUUCACACUCUUGUCUGGUGAGUGGAUCUCAUCCUACCUACGAAGGCGCUGCCUGGCUCUCAGUGACAAGACUAUGUCCUGCCUCAUCGCCUUCCCCUCUGACUCCACUUCCUCCCGUCCAACUCCUCCCUCUGGCUGGGCAAAGUGUUCUGCCCUCCUCGAUUUGGCUCUGCACUCCACUGGAAGGUCCAAAAAGAGAUCUAGAAGAUCAGCUUCUCCCUCUCUGACAUCUAGGGUCACAAACGGGGAACACCUCUCCCUCAUCUCUGGGUACCAGCCUUCCAGCCCUGCAGUCCUUGCUCCUCUUUCUUCUCCUCCUCUAACAGCAAGGGGUGAUGGAAGUUUUAGUCUGGCAACAUCUGGAGAGCCAAAGGUUCCCCAGACCUGCUGCAGAGCUUUUCUUCAGUUUAGAAGAAGGAUGCUUAAGGUAGGGACAAUGCCGAGGUGUCUGAAAAUAUACAUGAGUUCGGGUCAUAGUUGGAGAAGAGCACUUCUGCCUCUCUUGAUACCAGAAUCCAGGAUCAAGUGGCCAAGCAUGAUGGGAACUGUGGUCCAGCAAUAUCUGGGGGGCUGCAGAUGUUCUACAUCCAUUUAGACAGCCUUCAUCAACCUGGAGUCUUAGGGUUUUUUGUGUGUUGAUUUUAUUGAGAACUACCAUUAUACACCUGUAUUAAAUGGAAACCGAAGAAUGGAUGCUUUUGAAUUCUGGUGCUGGAGGAGACUCUUGAGAGUCCCAUGGACUGCAAGAAGAUCAGACCUAUCCAUUCUGAAGGAAAUCAGCCCUGAGUGCUCAGUGGAAGGACAGAUCGUGAAGCUGAGGCUGCAAUACUCUGGCCACCUCAUGAGAAGAGAAGACUCCCUGUUAAAGACCCUGAUGUUGGGAAAGAUGGAGGGCACAAGGAGAAGGGGACGACAGAGGACGAGAUGGUGGGACAGUGUUCUCGAAGCUACCAGCAUGAGUUUGACCAAACUGCGGGAGGCAGGGGAAGACAGGAGUGCCUGGCGUGCUCUGGUCCAUGGGGUCAUGAAGAGGCGGACACGACUAAACAACACACAACCCAUAAUUGUGGACCCAAUCCUUUGGACUACUCUGCCAACAGACUCCUUUGGCUUUCAUUUUUAAGCACCUACUGAGAACCACUUAAUUCUGUCUGGCUUACGCAGGCACCUAAGAAUGCAUCUUUGCACAACAGUUCCCCGAUUUCUGGUUUCAAUUUUUUAAUAACCCUACAGUUCUUAUUUUUUAAGAACCCUACAGUUUUUUAAGAACCCUACAGUUCUUAAAAAAAACAAUUUUUUAAGAACCCUACAGUUCUUAUUAUACUGUUUCAUGAGUUUGACCAAACUGCAGGAGGCAGUGGAAGACAGGAGUGCCUGGCAUGCUCUGGUCCAUGGGGUCACGAAGAGUCGGACACGACUAAACAACAACAACAACAAACCAUUCAGUAUUCCAUUAAAACUUGUUCACACUGUUGACUAAACAACAACAAAAUGGAAACACAAAUUACCCAGCAAUACUCCAGAGCAGACAGAAGGACUACAACUCCCAUCAGGACUUUCUGGUAGGAGCUGAUGGGAAUUGUAGUCCAAAACAUCCUGAGGGGGCCAGGCUGGUGGCACAGCUGGCUCUGGAAGCCCCUGCAAAAGUUGUACUGAGGGCAGGAUCAAAGGGUUGCCUGUAUGGCACAGCAUGUCGAAAUAUGAAGCAAUGUUUGUGGAAGGUCUGGUUGUUCUUGUAUCUCAGCGUCUCUUCGUGAGAGUGAAGUUUAUGGACUGGUCUCGUGGCUUGGAGCGAGUCAGCUCCACCAUUAAACCUCACCCUGCCCUCUCCCUUCCCAUAACUCAGGCACCCCGAAGCUCAGGGGCCCCAUUGUUUUGAAGUUCUUUCCCAUCAAAGAGGCACCUCACGCCCACUGGCAUCACAAGAGCACCCAGUAUCACCCUAAUAAUCUCCGACUUGCCAAACACCCAACUUUAAAAAGGAGGGUGGCGCCCGAAACAGACCGAGUGCCUCACAGGUAAACAACUUUAGGGAACAGAAGGGAUGGCUCAGCCAAGCGCUUGAUGGCGAAGAGAUAGGGAGAGUUGUUUCACAGAGGGAAAAAUUGAUGAGUGGUAGAACCAGGACAAAUCAGGAAAAGGCCUCCCCUUCUUCCUAUUUGUAACUGCAUCUAUAUAAAUCGUUGCCACAAAGCAUUCUGUGGCAUCGGCAGAAUUAUAAUGUCUAGAUUCAAGCAGUAAAGGUAAAGGGACCCCUGACCAUUAGGUCCAGUCGUGGCCGACUCUGGGGUUGUGGUGCUCAUCUCACUUUACUGGUCGAGGGAACCGGCGUACAGCUUCUGGGUCAUGUGGGCAGCAUGACUAAGCCGCUUCUGGUAAACCAGAGCAGUGCACAGAAACGCCGUUCACCUUCCCGCCAUACCUAUUUAUCUACUUGCACUUUGACGUGCUUUCAAACUGCUAGGUGGGCAGGAGCAGGAACUGAGCAACGGGAACUCACCCCGUCGCGGGGAUUCGAACCGGCGACCUUCUGAUCGGCAAGUCCUGGUUUUACCCACAGCGCCACCUCUGUCCCUUAGAAUGAAGCAGUACUACUGCUCUAUUCUGCCUUGGUCAAACCACACCUGGAAUACUAGGUCCAGUUCUGGGCACCACAAUUUAACAAGGAUGUUGAAAAGAGGGAACUUGUGUAGAGGAGGGUGACCCAGAAGAUCAAGUGUCUGGAAAAGAUGCUUUAUGAGGGAGCUGGGGAUGUUUAGCCUGGAAAAGGGGAGCCUGAGAGGAGAUAAGAUAGCCAUCUUCCAAUAUCUCAAGGGCUGUCCCAUGGAAGAUGGAGCAAGCUUGUUUCCUCCUGCUCUGGAGGGUAGGACUCGAACCCAUGGCUUCAAGUUACAAGGAAGGAGAUUCAGACUAAACAUCAGGAAGAAUUCGCUGAUAGUAAGUGGAAUAGACUCCCUCAGGAGGUUGCUGACUCUCCUUCCUUGGAGCUUUUUAAGCAGAGGUUGAAUGGUCGUCUGCCAUGGAUGCUUUACCUGAGAUUCCUGCAUCAAAGGGGUUGGACUAGAUGACUCAUGGUGUCCCUUCGAACCCUACAGUUCUAUGAUUCUAUGAAAGUAUGGAUUUAAAAGGAACUUAGAGAAAUUCAUGGCCAGGGGGAGAGUUCUAUCAAUGGCUAUUAGCCAUGUGGCUAAACAGAGCCUUCAGAGAUGGACAGCAUAUCUCUAAACCUGGGAUUAUUAUUAGACUACAACUCCCAUCAUCCCUGGCCACGACUGAUGGGACUUGGAGUGCAGCAACAUCUCAAGGACUACAGAUUCUCCUAUUCAAAGGGUGGCUGGGAACGGCCACUUAGAUUUCCCACAAUGCCCCUCAGCAAGCUGGUAUUGGGAGCAUUCUUUGGAAUUAAAAUGGCAGCUGAACCCAGCCACUCUGAGCCCCCGACCAGGAAAUAUUUUUAAUAAAGGGAGUCCCGGGACAGGUGUCAGUAGAGGGGUCUGCCACUGUGUUGGGGUUCUGGCAGUGGCCCAGGGGUCCGCAGUGCUGAUGCCAGCCCUGGUGCUCCCCGCCCCCCCGCACACAUCCAAAGAAUAUUCGGUAGAAAUCCUGUAGCUAUAGCAACCUAAUACCUCCAACUUCCCCACCUCUUUUUUUUGCAGUUUCGUCCUUGCACUGUUACACGUGUGAAAAAGCGAAAUCCCACGAGGAAUGCACCAAGAACAGGUGUUCGGAUAUGAACAGAUAUUGCGUGUCAUUGGCCCACGAAGGUCCUGGUAAGUUUCAUGAACUGUUUGCAGGAAGGCAGAGAGAAAAAGGAGCUGUACUCCAUCGGCCUGGCUGGCUGGAACUGAAGAUUUGAUAAUGAUAAUAAUAAUAAUAAUAAUAAUAAUAAUAAUUUUUAUUUAUAUCCCGCCCUCUCCAGCCGAUGCCGGGCUCAGGGUGGCUAACAACAAUAAAAUAGUACAACAUUCUAAAAUCAUUCCAUUGUAAAAUUAAUUCAACUCAGAAUGAUGGCAACCAUUAGGCUAAAGUUCUGUGAAGAUUGCCAAAGGAGGAGGUCAGGCUGUGCCUUGGCCAAAGGCCUGGAGGAACAGCUCUGUCUUGCAGGUCCUGCGGAAAGAUGUCAAGUCCCGCAGGGCCAUAGUCUCUUGUGACAGAGCGUUCCACCAGAUCGGGGCCACGACCAAAAAAGCCCUGGCUCUGGUUGAGGCCAGCCUAACCUCCCUGUGGCCCGGGAUCUCCAAGAUGUUUGUAUUUGAAGACCGUAAGGUCCUCCGUGGGACAUACCAGGAGAGGCGGUCCCAUAGGUAUGAGGGUCCUAAGCCGUAUAGGGCUUUAAAGGUUAAAACCAGCACCUUAAACCUGAUCCUGUACCCCACCGGGAGCCAGUGCAGCUGGUAUAGUGGUAUAGUAUAUUGAUCAAUUAAAUUGUCAGUUUUGCAUAGUGAGAAAGACAACGUUGACUUUUUAAUGACCCUUUAGUCUUAUUUGUUUUACGGAAAGGUUGGAUGGGAUGGCCUAUUCCAGGAGAUUUCGUUUUGGUUCGUUUGUGGGGAGAUUAGAUGACGUUGGCCAUUUAAUGAGCAUUUGCACUGAUUUGUUUGCAUUGAAGCACGUGCUACCAAGCACAUUCCAGCACGUUCUAUGCAUCAAAUUCCAGCAAAAAGCCCAGUCUUUUGGGAAAGGAAAACCUCCCAACCAUUUACGAUUGCUCAACCUGAAUUUGCUGGCAUGUGACUGAAUCCCACCUGAACAUAGUAGUGUUGUGGAAGUACCUAUGGAUAGGAUUUUUAAAAAGUAUAUCUCCUUUAUUGAAAGAUAAAAAGUACAUAAUCAUAAGUGCACAGAGUAAGAUAAGACACAAAGGAAGAAGCAGGAAAAAAAGAAAUCGCACCCAUGUAGAAAACAAAACAGAAUGAGAGGUGGGAACCUGUAUACGUUACAAAAAAAUGCUAUUGUCAUUUACUAGACCUAAACCUAUUACGGUAUUUUAAUGAAUACCAAAUUAAAUUUGCCCAUGGCAAGCCUAGGUUUGUAUGCAACUUGUUUGUGUGUAGCGAGUUUGUACAUAUAUUCAGUCCAAUCGUGAAGCCUCAUUUUUAUUUUUCCAGUUCAUCGAAACCUGUCUUUGUGCCGUAGUAAGGCCACGGGUGGCGCUGUGGGUUAAACCACAGAGCCUAGGACUUACCGAUCAGAAGGUCGGCGGUUCGAAUCCCCACGACGGGGUGAGCUCCCGUUGCUCAGUCCCUGCUCCUGCCAACCUAGCAGUUCGAAAGCACGCCAAAGUGCAAGUAGAUAAAUAGGUACCACUCCAGCAGGAAGGUAAAUGGUGUUUCUGUGCGCUGCUCUGGUUUCGUCAGAAGCGGCUUAGUCAUGCUGGCCACAUGACCCGGAAGCGAGAUGAGCACCGCAACCCCAGAGUCGGCCACGACUGGACCUAAUGGUCAGGGGUCCUUUUACCUUUUUUAAGGCCACGGUCCAUUCAUAGUGUUUAUUUGUUAGAUAACCGUUCAAAAGGAUAAUUUACUCUGCAAAUUUAAGAUUAUUCUGUAAAGUCGUGUUGAUUGUCUCUGUUACCUUCUGCCAAAAAUUUAUCAAUAUGAGAUCUUGUACAAACAUACGUUUUAGAGAAGAAUUAUUCCUGCGACAUCUCCAGCAGCUAGAUGUCUUAGAUAACCCUUUCAUAUAAAAGCAUACUGGAGUCCAGUAAAUUCUAAAUAUUAUUUUGUGUUAUAUGGGUCUUAAUUUGAGGUGCAGAGAACCCUUGUUAUAGAACUUAACAGUUUCCCAUUAUUUAGUCGAGAUUGAGAUCCCCAAUUCUUUAUCCCAUUCCUCUUCUAUUUAUUUAUUUUAAUUUAUUUUAAUUUUUAAAAAGUAUAUCUUUAUUGAUUUAAAAUAAAUACAUUUAUGGGAAGACAGACAGACAGACAAACAAACAAACAAACAAACAAAAACAAACAUACAAUCAAACAAACAAAUAAUAGAGAAGUCAAACAAACAACCACAAUAUAAGAAACAACAAAAUUAAUAUAACUAACAUCAUUUAUAUCCAUUCCUCUUUUAAUAACUGCGUAUCAAACUGGUUUGCUACUAAUAAACAUUUAUAUAAGACAAAAGUGGGGUUUUUAAUAAUGAUGAUGAUGAUAAUAAUAAUAAUAAUAAUAAUAAUAAUAAUAAUAAUAAUAAUUUAUUUGUACCCCGCCCAUCUGGCUGGGUUUCCCCAGCCACUCCGGGCGGUUUUAUUGCUAUGUAAGAAAGUGCCCGUGGAUAGGAUUGUGCUGUUCUAAGUCAGUGAAAUUCAUCUCCAAACAGGGCUGACUGUUGCCACUGAACCCCACAGCAAUUUCUCAUUCUCCCUCCCUUAAAUCCUCUUGUUUUGUAGGCAGUGAGUUUUCCGUCAGCAAGUGGUGUGCAGACGUCUGCCCAAGCAACUUUGAGAUCAAGGGUGGCCAAAGGGGCAUCGAGACCCAAUGCUGCGUUUCCGAUUACUGCAACAGCAGUGCUCCCAGCAGCGUGAAAACCAGCUAUGCUCUCAUGAUCAUGGCGAUACUCGCCAGCUUUGCCUGUAUCUUCCGGACGGGGCUGUGAUGGGGGUGGGGGUGGUAGAGAUCGCCAAAUGUCUUUUUGGAAGCUCAUGGGAAGCACUAAUCUCCACGUCUUUUUUUUACAAGGCCUGAUUCUGGCUUCGCUGAGAGCUAUGCUACAAACAUGAUACGGGAUGCUAUUGCCUUUUUUUGUACGUGAUGGAGGCGGGGGGGCCGCCAUUUUCUGUAACGCUUGCCGAUGCGAAAAAAUAAAAACCUCUCUGCGUGCCGCUAAGGUUUACAACAAAGGGGGGAACCUUUUUUUAUGGGGGGGGAAUUAAAAAAUACGACCUCCCCUACUGCAUUUUGAAGUGGCCCAGUCCAAAAUACAACCAUCCUGUUUCUGUGUAAUGGGUUGAGUGACUCUUUGAGACUUCUUGUGUCCAAAGUCUGUUUCGGGGGCUUAAUCCAGCCCCUGUGGCAGUUUAUUUCCGGGGAUAAAAUCCUAAAAAAAACACCUUUGGCCCUCACGGCCCUUCACUUCAUCAAAUCUGGCCCUCUUUGAAAAAAGUUUGGACCCCACUGCUGGCUUAGACAAAACUGAUUCUCUGUUUCUGACCUUGUCCUCAUUUUCUUCUGAGUCUGUGUGUAGACUCGGGUUCCCAUGGCCUGUUUUUUUCUCAACACGACACAAAUAUUCAC